GAUUUUGUGUCCAUGUAUAAAGUCAGCACUAAUGCCCUGCUAAGGGAAUAUGCUGACUCACUGAAGAAAAGGAGGAAGCAGAAGAGUCUGAAGGCCACAGGGACAUUAGCAGCCAGUUCAACCUCAGGAACAGAGGCACCUGAAUCAUCUCCACCUGUCAAGAAGUCUGCAAUGGCUGAACUGUUCGGUACACUCUUCAAGACUCAGGUGGGACACAAGCCUACUUUGCAGCUGGUGAAAGAAGAGGUUACCUCAUACAAGGCAGUCAACUGCAUUCCACUGGAUUCUGACCCACUUCUGUGGUGGAAGACCAAUGAGCCCUUCUUUCCUCUUACUUCCAAGUUAGCCAGACACUACCUCGCCAUACCUGCUACCUCCGUGCCCAGUGAGAGGGUAUUUUCCACAGCUGGAGACAUUGUAACUGCAAGCAGGUCUGCUCUUUCUGCAGAUAAUGUGGAUAAACUGAUUUUUCUGGCAAAAAACAUGAAGAUUGAGUGAAAGUCAUCAGGGCUAAAGAUUCGGGGGGGGAAGUAAAAGUUAAUCUGAGCAACAACUUCGAACUGUUCAGUGUUGCAAUUGUCAUUGUUGCACUUUAGAUUGAGAAGAGAUUUGUUUUUAAAGAAACAGUCAGAGCCUUAUUUAUGUUAUUGGUUAUUUAAUCUGAGCAGCAAUUUACUGUUGAAUGUUGCAAUUGUUCAAUUUUGCAAAUGGAGAAUUUUUUUUUUUUAAAGAAACAGCCUGAGCCUAUGAUAUUUAUUUUUAUUUCUACAUUUCAGAAUCCUGCAUUUAUAUUUUUGAGCAGAAUUCUAGCUUUGUAUUGUCUAAUGUUCCUAUUGUUAAAAGCAUAAAAGUGUGUUAUGAACAACCAGCAAAUUUAUAUUUUGCAUUUUGUUUUCUUACUGUACCGAAAAUGAGCCGAACCGUGACCUCAAAACCGAGGUACGUACCGAACCGAGAUUUUUGUGUACCGUUACACCCCUAGUGUGCAAAAUCUAAAGGUUAAUUCUGUGAAACCGACCUUGAUUGGUUUUGUAGAAACAUCAGGUGGAAACUGAGAAAUGGAAACAGAGAUGCCAAAGGAAGCGGGGAGUGUACGUGGCACCAAGGAAGAAGGCAUUUACCUUUCAGACAACAAAGGUUGGAGACGGCCGCGACGCGAAACUAU